UGACCAUCACGGCUGUUAAAACUUCGAACUCACUCACUACAUGUGACAGUGUUGGCGGCUUCAAGAAGACGCAAAGCGCUGCUACAGCCCAUGUGAUCGGGGAGAGGAAGGAGUUUCAUUCAUUUGUUCUGUUCGCAGCGGCGGAUGUUGUGUGGGAUAGUGUGCGAGUCAUAGGUAUCGGACUAACAGCUGAGAAGUUCCAAUGAAUCGAUGCCGCUGUCAUUAGCAUGGAAUUCUAUCUACGCUUACAAAAUACCUUUAGCGGACGCUUUUGAAUUUUGGGGUUGUCUCUCUAACGAACGUCUUCCUCUGGACAGAAACUCGGAGCUCCGAGUGGAAAGUUCCCUGCGACUGGGGGCGUAAAGUAAUUCAUAGCCUGAUAUUAUUUUUCGGGCGUGAGUAAAAGAGGAAGGCUCCGCUGGUAGCAGCUUUAAGAGCUGCCGCCCAUACUCCGCCGGAGUCUGGUGAAGCCACGCUCGGACGGCUAUCCUGUCUUCCCCCAAGUCCCCCUCCCUCGUGCUGCACCGUGCAAGCGCCGGCGAUGCAUAUGGAGCUUGGGGUUUGAACAGGAGUCUCGCGCUCGUGCGCCGCCCCGAGCAACCGUUGGGCUGCGGCGACUGUCUCGCGCCGCUUUGAGCUCGGGAGCCGUUGAUUGUCCGCGUGGCUGCUGCGGGCGCCACCUGGGGAAAGCGGCUCGUGCCGAACAACUGGGAUUAAUCCAAGAGACCGGGUCACCGCGGCAAGUUUGUGUAUGUGUGGGGGAAGAAAACAAAAAGUGGAAAAAAGGCACAAACAAAAGGACCGCCAACUUCUAACACGCGUGGCUUCGCAAAGCAGAAGGGAAAAUGUAACUGCUCUCCAUGGUAGACGAUCGCAGAAGAGAUGUUUUUAAAUAAAGUCAACAUGUGUAUUGCACGCUACUGUGGUACCGUAGCGCUCGUUCUCUUAGCCGUCGCAAACGGAGAAAACAAGCCAAUAACAGGGCAGAGAACGUCGAGACGAGAUAUUGGGAUUCCUGACAUUUAGCUCCUUAUCACCUAUGAAAGGAGGAUCCUGGCCCUUACUUUCAAGGACUGAGACUGGUCCUGUGGAGAUGCCAAAAUACCCAUGUUCAGGCAAUCAAUUCACAGUCAAGUAUUGCCUACAAGUUCAGAAAGAUUGCAGAACUUCUACACAUCUCCAGCUUAUCUUCCUGUGAACUACAAGCUUUCAAAUGUACAGCUAGCCUUUUUCCUGAAUAAGGACAAAUUAAACACACAUUGGAACAGCACCAAGUCACUCCAACGCUUGGAACAUUUUGUUGUAUUUCAGACGAAAGAACUUCCAGUGGUGAAUGCGACUUUAGGACCUUUCUCCAUGGAUCGCAUUCUCCCAAAAGAUAUACUUCAGCCCACCAGUACAUUGGAAGUACUGGACCGAUUCACCAUGAAUUGGAAGGUCAGAGCCUUUAUUAUCCAACAGCGAGUUCCUUUUAACCAGCCACUUGUUCAAGUACUAUUUUACGUGGCAGGUCGAGAUUGGGAUGAUUUUGAUGUUGUGGAUAAAUUACCAUGUGCAAGACUUCAUGUUUUCCGCGAUGUCAGGGAUAUUGAAAGCUCCUGCAGACUGAGGGGCAUUUUAGCCAUUUGCCUCGUCCAAAUUGAAUUGCCCUUUACCUGGUUUAGUUCUGCCACCACAACACUGGGAAGAAAGGAAUCCAUGGAUAAUUUGGAUACAAUCAGUGAAAAUCUUCAAAUUGAACUCUACUACACCUUGCAUCCUCCGGAUAGAAAUGGGGAAUGCAAUGCUGGCAGUGAUGCAUCUUAUCGUAAAGGGAAAAACAUUAGGCAGGAUGGAUCUCACCAGCAGCCUCUGCUACGUAUAGGGAGCAUUAAUUUAUACCAGCCUCCCCAAGCACAAUUAAUUCAGGAGCACAGGUUUGAUGGAAAUAUUUUCAUUCGUUUGCCAGAAGGACCACUAAAAUCUGGGGAAAUCCUCAGUAUCUCUGUGUUUCUAACACCAAAUUCAACAGUGGAGCAAUUCACUCUGAGAGUAAAAGCCAAAAAAGGAGUGAACCUGAAAAACAUGUGGCCCAAAAAUCCUGAAACCUGGCAGUUGAGAUCCGAGAUCAUGAAUGGUGGAAAACAUUCCAUUGCUACAGUGGAGAUGAAUAGGAAGCAAGGAGUUUUAAGCAGCAGUGAAAGUGUUCAGCCCAACGAAAUCAUUCAGUUGAAUUUCGAGAUGGAAAAUUUUACAAGCCAGUCAGUGACAAGACGUAUUCAAUGGCAUGUUGACUACCGUGGGAAAAAUCCUCCUCCAGAUUUGGACAAAGUGGUAACAGAGUUGGCAGUGAUCCAAAAAGACAUCCGUGCUAUUGUACCACUCUCUAUGGAUACAGAGAUUAUCAAUACUGCAAUACUGACAGGAAGGACUGUGGCCAUCCCUUUAAAGGUCGUUGCUGUGGAAAUGAAUGGAAUCAUCACAGAUGUGUCACCCUCCGUUCAGUGCAGGUCAACUAAUGAAGAUAUUAUUAAGGUCUCCAAAGGUUGUGAUUAUGUGUUUGUGAGUGGCAAGGAAUCUCGAGGCUCAAUGAAUGCCCGGAUUAUUUUCAACUAUGAGCACUUGAGUGCCCCACUGGAGCUGACAGUUUGGGUACCAAAACUUCCUCUGCAGAUUGAAUUGUCGGAUGGCAAAUUAAGUCAAGUGAAAGGAUGGAGAGUGCCAAUCCUCCCUGAUAGAAGACCCACCCGUGACAGUGAAGAUGAUGAUGAGGAAGAGCGAAGCAAAACACGAGGCUGCACUUUGCAGUACCAACAUGCAUUGGUGCGAGUGUUCACUCAAUUCCACACAACGUCCUCAGAGGGCACUGAUCAGGUGAUCACCAUGUUAGGACCUGACUGGUCAGUGGAUGUCACUGAUCUAGUCAGUGACUUCAUGAGAGUAGCAGAUACAAGAAUUGCACAGAUCAUGGAGGGAAAUGUGCUGAGUGGACGUGAACCUGGAACAACUAUGUUCAAGGUAGUCUCUCCACUUAUGGAGGUUGUACUUGGGGAAGUGCCACUGAUUGUUGCCGAUGACAAAGUCACUAUCACUGACCUCAGAGCAGAACUCAUCUCUGGUCUGUCAUUGAGCCUUGAAUCAAAUCCUGGAACUAGUCACACCUUCAUCGCCAAGACAACAGCUCAUCAGCGCCUUCAAACACUGAAACAGGAAGGUAUCCUGAGCACAUGGAUUUUCUACAGUGACAAUACAGCUGUACCACUGACUCUUUAUGAUGCUAAGGACUACAACCUGACAGUUACCUCACUGAAUGACAAAGUAGUCUCUUCAACCCAGGAUUCUGUUUGGUCUCUGAUAAUAGCAGAGGGUGAAGGGUCAGGUGAAUUUAUCAAGGUGGAAUUGGGGAUCUGUGAACUGUGUAAAAAGACCAAUCGCAAGAGUGUGUUGUUUGUAACAUUGGUCAACGUGAAGGUUCACUUUGGGUCUGAUAAUUCAGAAGAAGACCUAGAAAAUACUGGUGAGGAUUACGCGCCUGAUGGAGUUCGAUUUGAUGGCAACCCAUUUGGACAUAAACCAAAAGAGAAAGGGCAAUUUGACUUCAAGCCAGAUACUUCCUCUGCAACUGGUGACCAUGAGGAAAAUGUUCUACAGAAGGUUGGCACAACGGUAAAAUCAUCUGUAGAAGAGAGGACUGACUCAAGGGUGGAAUCAGGCAGGGGCAUUGAUGGCAUGCAGGAUAGUGGAGUGCACUUUGACAACACAAGAGUGUCCAGCAUGCCUGUUGAUAUUGAUAUUACAGAUCUGCCAAAGGAUCUUGCAGAUCCUGAUGAUGAAUAUGCCCCCACACCAAGGGGUCUGACUGACUUGGAAAUUGGAAUGUAUGCACUAUUAGGGGUCUUCUGUCUUGCCAUUUUGGUUUUUCUAAUAAACUGCAUUGUUUUUGUUCUCAAGUACAGGCACAAACGUAUUCCCCCAGAGGGCCAAGCAAGCAUGGACCAUUCACAUCAUUGGGUGUUCCUAGGUAAUGGUCAACCCCUUCGUACCCAGGCUGAUCUCUCACCCCAGCCUGAAAGUCCGGGAAACCCAUUAGAAAAUAUCCAAACCUGCUGCCAUAGUGACCAUCAGAGUAGUGGCAGCUCACAGACAAGUGUACAAAGUCAAGUGCACAGCAGAGCAGAUGGUUCAUCUGGGGGGUCAGUAAGGGAACACAGCGAGGAUCCGCUGCACUCACCCACCUCCAAGCGUAAGAGAGUCAAAUUUACCACAUUCACCACACUGCCAUCAGAGGAACUUGGCCUGGCCUACAAUUGCAUCCCUAUAGCCGAUGAGGAAGACAUUGAGUGGGUCUGCCAAGAUAUGGGCCUCCGAGAUCCAGAAGAACUACACAGCUAUAUUCAGAGAAUAAAGGAGAUUGCAUAGACUGCUACAGAUUUUCCUUUGGUGCAUUUGUAUUUACCAGAAAUUUGUCUCAUGUACAGUUUUUGUUUGAACCACAGUAGGAGGCUGAAA